GUCACAGUCCUGCUGACUACAAGCUGCUGUCCGUCCAGGUGAUGAUUCGACACGGUGACCGCUAUCCUCUUUACUCCAUCCCCAAGACCAAGCCACCAGCCAUUGACUGCACCCUUUCUACCAACAGAAAACCUUCGCACCCGCUGCUGAACUCCUUCAUUAAUCACAUGAGCCAAGCGGGUCAAGGCCACUGGAAACCUCCACUGGGUUCUGUCUCUCGUCUCCCUAACCAUAGUUCCUGUGAGAUAGGAGAGCUCACACAGACAGGUGUGGUGCAGCACCUUCGUAAUGGGCAGCUCCUCCAUCAUGCCUACAAACAACACAAACUUCUCCCCACCAAUUGGUCACCUCGACAGGUUUGGGUGGAGACUACCGGGAAAAGCCGUACUCUCCAGAGUGGUUUGGCUUUUCUCUACGGUUUCCUUCCAAACUUUGAGUGGACAAAGCUGAGCGUCCAUCAUCAGUGGAGUACUUUGUUCUGUGGAUCAGCAUGUGACUGCCCUGCCAGGAACAGGUACCUGGAAGAUGAGCAGAGGCGGCAGUAUCAGCUCAGAGUGGCCAAUGACGACCUGGACAGGACUUAUGCAGACAUGGCGCGCACUUUGGGUCUUCUGACUCGCCAGCUUAGAGCUGCAAACCCUAUAGACUCACUGCUGUGCCACCUCUGCCACGGCUUUUCUUUCCCAUGUGUUCCUUCUGGAGAUGGUGGCGCCGGUGGAUGCUUGACUAUGGCGCAGUUUGCUGUCCUUCGGCAGCAGCAGCUAGAUGAUGAGGUGGAUCGGAGAAGAGUGGGUCUGUAUCGUAAAUAUGCCACCCUCGCCAUGUACCCCUACCUCAAUCGAACUGCUGCCAAGAUGGAACGGGUUGCUAAGGCCAGUGCGGCAGGCCGGCAGCCUCGUGUAGGGGGCGAGGAGGUCUUCACCCUCUCUUCAGCCCACGAUGUCACUAUGGCCCCUUUGCUUAGUGCCCUGGGACUGGAAGAUGCCAGCUUUCCACGGUUUGCAGCCAGGAUAGUUUUUGAAUUGUGGAAGAGUCCCACUGUCGACCAAGGCCAGGCAAAAAGGAGAGCAGGAAGGGGGGAGAAGUCUGAUCUGAGAGAUGGGGAUUUGUUCCUCAGAGUGCUGUAUAAUGGUGAGGACGUGACCUUUCAGACCGCCUUCUGUCACUCCUAUGACCGCUACAUGAAGCAGCCACUCUGCCCACUGGGAAACUUUCUGACGUUUGUCAGACGAGACAUGUUCAGUAUCGUCAAUGCUACUUCCUACAAAGAGGCAUGCUACAUGCACUCAGGCUGACAUAUGG